CGCGAGACCGCGGCGCUCGCCCAUGACGCGGCGCGAUGGCAAGCCACGGGAGCGGCCGAGCUAUCGGGCGAGAACGGAUUGGAGGCGCGGCGGCAGCUCAAGAUAGAGCACGAGCGCACAGGCAACAGACGGGCGGCAAGGCCACAGUUCAUCCUGAGCCCGCAGGACAAGCGGGCAAAGGACAGGGAGUCGGGCAUCGAGGUCUCCCAGUCUCUCACGGCGCGGGAGGCGAUCGUAGCAGAGCAGGCGGACCAGACCGGCGCGCCCGACGGCCGGGUCUUCGCGGCCUCGGCGGCGCGCGACGGGGCGGCGAACGUCGGCGGCCCCGCCCCGAUCGACAGCGGCAGCGACGGCCACCUCUGCAGGCGCAAGUUCGCCCCCGAGGCCCCAGUGAACGGCGCAGUCGGCGCUCCGAGGAUCUUGGGCGUUCAGCAGAGACCGCAGCCCGUUGCAGGUCUGCGCGGCGCGGAGAUAACGACGCAGGAGGUCAUCAAGGCGACGGCGGGCUUCCUCGUCGCCGACGCGAUUGACGACCUGCCGAGCAUGGGCAAGCUGCUCAGGUACGGCCCCAGGUUCAACCUCAGCCUCGAGGACGGACCCUACCUGACCAAGGGCCACCGCGGCGCGCAGCUCGAGCUCGAGCGGAACAGCCCCAGGCCCCUCAUCGCAUCCGCUGGCCCCGCCGGGGCCGGCCGCCGCCGCGGAGCGGCGGGGCAACCAGCGAAGGCCCCCGCUCUCGCCGCGGACAGCCCGGCAAGCGCGCUUAGGAUGCGAUCGCGAGAGCUGCGCGCGCCCAUCUACGGGGCCAAGACAGGAUUGCGGGAGCGGCCCAUUGCGGCAGAGGCUGCCCACAGGCGCGCCGCGGCGGAGGCGGGGCACAGGCUGGAUGUCAAGGAGCAGCCCGGCACCAAGCACGACCCCGUCGAGGCGAGCCAGCCCCCCGCGCCGAAGACCCCGAGCGCGGAGGAGGAGAG